AUGGAGGACCAAGCAAAGAUUCUAGAUGAGGACACACUGUCAUUCAGGCCUCUGAGCAAAGUGCGAUGGCUGUCGCAGCACCAAGCUGUGAAUGCUGUUCUGAGGAACUACACUGUGCUUGAUGAAUACUGCAAGAGAGAAUUCAGAGAUUCAAAGAGUCAAAGAGGUGAUGAGGACCUCAUCAACUGA